AUGUAUAACAGGCUGCGUAAAGAACAUUUCAAGCCAAUGUUUUUACCAUCACCUGUAAGUGCGUCGUUUGUUUUAGUGGGGGUUUUGUUUCUAGCCGGUGUUUCGGCUCACGGGAGUCACAGCCAUCAUGAACAAAGCUCUCUGGAAAAUAUACUUGUGAAAUACGCUUUCCCAGGAUCUGCGCGCACGAAUGCGCUUUUGGCUACUUUAUACGUUUCUGUUGCACCAGUAGUUGCUGUACUCGCGAUUCCUGGCUUUAGAACUUCCAAACGGAACUCGUUUUUGCCCUUAAUGGUGGCCUUGGCUUUCGGAACUCUAAUGGGAGACAUUCUGCUACACAUGCUCCCCGAGAUAUUUGAAGCUUCGAGCUCAACCAAAUUCACUCUUCAGGAUCUUACUGACAUUAUAACUGGUCUGGAAUCAAACGACGCUGAGAUUUCGGAAAUGGAAGCACUUUUCAAUGGUCCGCUUCUGAAUUUGCAGCAUCACGACAAGCAACUUGUAUCUAAUACUACUCAGCUAGGUGCUCUGAUUUUUGCUGGAUUUGUACUUUUCAUGCUUGUCGAUAAGGCAAUUAGAAUUUUGCACCUGGAUCAUGACCACGAUCAUCACCAUGAGCGUCACCCUGCGUCGGAAAGAGAAGUGGUAGGUGUUUCUUCCUCUCGGGAAGAGAAAGAGGAGUCAAGCGACGCGAUACAGCUGUCCAGAAGGCGCGGGAACGCCAACAUCCCAGAUGGGCCGACUUUGACCGAAAACAAUUGUCACAGCCACGACCGUGACCACGGCCACCACCGGGAUUCGCUCAAAACGUCUGCAUAUUUGAGCUUAGUAUCUGGAUUUGUACACAAUGUCACGGACGGAUUCGCAUUGGCAUCAUCUUUUUACAAAUCCGAUCGUUUCGGAGUAACUACGACAAUUGCCAUCCUGAUGCACGAGCUACCGCAUGAACUGGGCGAAUCUGCCAUUCUUUUGGCGUCCGGUCUCAGUUUCAAAGAGACUCUGAAGUCACAAAUCGUCACAACAAUAGGAGCUCUUUUAGGAACUGGUCUAGGAUGUUUUUUCAACGAAAUGGCACUGGCGGACAACCUAGCAUACAAGACUAUUCCAGAAAUCGGUCUACCAAUAAAGACAGCAACGCAGAGUUCCUGGAUAGCUUCGAGUAACGAAAAAAUGCUACCAAUUACUGUAGGUGGGUUCAUCUACAUAGCGGCAGUGGGCAUCGCACCAGAUCUUUUGCAAACAACUAAUGGUUCUAAAGCGAAAGAAUUGCAGAAGUUCGUGGCACAGCUUUUUGCCGCUUUGGCGGGGUUCGGAGUCAUGGCUUGGAUGAGCCAGGAGUGA